CGUACCAUCACAUCCACCACAUGUAUCGGUACCGCAAACGACGGGCUCCAUCCACUCGUUAGCCUCUCGCCUCUGCAGCAAAUGCUAUCCUUUGCCUCUGAUUGACUACCGGGACUACUGCCAUUUGUCUACAAGUACUAUAUGAUUCCGAUUCUGAUUCCGAUUGCCAUCGCCCCCCCAUCUAACCGUACACGAUCAUACGGUCUACACGGUCCUUAAGCGCUCCACUCUGCCGUCUGAUUAAGUCAGAUUAAGGCCUAAAGCUCUAGUUCGCAUUGGCGGGACUGGCAAGCGACUGACAAGCCGUGCAGCACAGCGCAGCACCGCACCUCGCGCGCCGCGCCAUACCGGCCGAUACCCAUAUAUACCAUACAUGUACCUACUCCCUUACGCACACUAAAUCCGAAAUCUUCCCGGCCUAGGCCAGCGCGCAAUGGCGAGUAUUGAUCGAUACCGACCACCGCCUCGUGAGGGUUACCAGCCGCCCAUCAUACCGCCUACGAACAACCGCCCGGGAUCUGUCCCUGUCUCUGUCGCCACCUCUGCUUCUGCUUCUGCCCCGUCGAAGUCGCCUUCGCGCCGGCGCGACGUUCCGCCUCCUGCGCCCUCUCCUCCCACGCAUUCGUCCCGCACUUCGCCCCCAAGGCUUCCCACGCGCCAGAGCGCGCCCCCGUCUUCUUCACCAGCCCUCGCAGCUCCAGACACCAUGGCAAGCCAGUGGUACUUCACACAGGAGGAAGUUCUUGGCAGUCCAAGCAUCCUGGACGGGCUCCCGCCUGCCGAGGAGAGAUUACGGCGGGCGAAAGGUGUUAACUUCAUCUACCAAGCCGGUAUCCUCUUGGAACUUCCUCAGAUUACCCUUUAUGUCGCUGGUGUCUUCUUUCAUCGGUUCUAUAUGAGACGUAGCAUGGUCGAAGAUAAUAAGGCAGGCGGAAUACAUCACUACAAUAUUGCUGCUACCGCACUCUUCCUUGCAAACAAGACAGAAGAAAAUUGCCGGAAAACAAAGGACAUCAUUAUUGCUGUAGCGAAGGUUGCUCAGAAAAACUCCAAGCUCAUAGUCGAUGAACAAUCCAAAGAGUACUGGCGAUGGCGCGAUAGUAUCCUCAUGUAUGAGGAAGUCAUGCUAGAGGCUCUCACCUUUGAUGUCUCCAUCGACAAUCCGCAUUACAAACUCUACGAAUAUCUCGGGUCCAUCGACCUCAUCCACAAUAAAGCCUUGCGGCAUGCAGCUUGGGCGUUCUGCAAUGACGCCUGUUUAACGGUAUUACCCCUGUUGCUGGACGCACACAAUAUAUCUAUUGCGUCGAUAUUUUUCGCAAGUAUAUUUACCGGCGAACGGAUUAAAGAUGUGAAUGGAGAGCCUUGGUGGAAGUUCUUGAAGGCGAAUCCGGAUCAUUGCGCCAAGGCAAUCGAAGUGCUAAAAGAGUUCUACGUCGAGAAUCCACUACGAAAGUCGGAGAAUCCCUAUAGCGGAUCACCCAACUUUAACCUAGAGAAUUCCAGGAGAAGGGGCGAGGAGCCUAGCUCAAGUAACAACGCGUCGCCAGGAACUGACCGUGCUACUCAAAGCCCUAGGGUCAGAGUAAACGGUAUAGAUGAAGACGCGGCUCAACGUGAGAUUGACACGGCCGCUGCAGAAUCGGCAUCUCAAGCUGCCCCUGGCGACUCUGAUGCCGCGCUGAAAGAAGCGGCGAAUACUUUAACUGUCCAUCAGAGCGCAAAUGGGGAUGGUUUAGCCUCUCCAUCUAAGCGGAAAGUUGUUGACUCAGUUGCAUCCGAAACCCGAGAAGAGAAACGGCAACGACUUAGUUCCGACGACGAAGGCGAGGUACAUGAAUAACUAUACUGGUAGGGUACAACAGCAACAGGCGCCAUGAUAACCACAGUAGUACGUUCUUUGACGAAAUGAAAUCGGCACAAGAAUGAUCGCGUAAUAGAUUAUGCGGCUGCUAUCGUUCGGGGCGGACGGUCAUUGUCCUGCUUAAAUAUGAUCCCACACAUUUCAAGCCGACUCUUUACAUCUUGAGGAUAACAAUAAUUCAGAAAUUUGAAGACAGGUUACAACUCUGUCACUGUAUUUUAUCAGGUUGAGAGAAACUCUCAACGAGGCGACGCCUUACAUGGUGUCGACUGAACGGAAUUCAGCACAAUGGCCAUGGAGCAUAUACCAUUAAGCAAAUUGGAUCUGGUCACAAGCCUCUGGUUUUACGGCAGUCCGGGUCGACGGCGUUAGUUACUAGUACUUGAGUAGGAUGAUUUUACAUCCGUAUUUUUUUAUCGGCGAUACCAUAUUAUCUCUUACAACCUUGUAUAGUACGAGAAACACCAGCACUUUGCCUUAAAGGAAAGGCAGCCGCCCGGAUACAAUGGGAAGAGCAUAUUCAUCGGAAGGGCGUGACUAGAAAUAGAAGAAGUGAAAUCAACGAAAUAUUUCCUACAUUGCGUGAACUGUAUCUUCAGGUCCUUGUAGAGCCGAAGUUUCAGAUUGUUGACACUUAGCUAACCUGUCGAGCCUGUGAGUCUCACGUCACAGCAC